GGGAACGCCGCCUGCAACCUGACCCGCCGAAAAUUUUCACAGUACCAGGACGGCGGUAAGUACGAGGUUGGAAUGAAGUAUUCGUCUGUCAAUGAGAUAUGCAGCGUAUAAAGCAAAGAGGCAUGAUGAUUCUGUAGGAUGUCUAUAGAGUCUCUCUGGUUUUUAAUUCUCGAUCGUGGUGGAUCUAUCCAAUACGAAUCAUCCGUUCCAGAGCAUCGACUAUGGAGUACGAUGAAUGAUUUCCAGUCGUUGUGACUGGCCCGGGCCCGCAACCAUCGCCCGCCGUCCAUUUUAGCCCGUGCGUCUCUCGCCACAAACCUUUCGUCUCGGCGCCACUUUUUCCUGUUUCUUUCACCCUCCGCUCCCCCCCCUCUCGUCCAUCGAGGCAUAUAACAACUUCCGCUUCUACUCGGGAAAAGCAGGUUUCCCGUCAAAUCUCUGCAUUUUUUUAUACCAUCUUCAAACCUACCCUUCGAGGUCUUGCAGGUUCAUUUCCGUCGGAAGACUCUGCGAGUGAUCCUCUGAACCCUCUGAUAAAGCCUGCGACUCAGCUCGCUCGCGUCCACUUUUGCUCGCUCGCCCGUCGCCGCCCUGGAGCACUAUCGCUCCCCUUCAUUCGACUCCUUCAAGUUGGCGGGACUUCGCUACACUCAGUACUCCUCUCUCCUCAACCCUCUUGCAGGCCCUAAGUUCCGGGUCUUCUGCGGGGGCGACACCAGACCCCCCUAACUUGCCUACUUCCUUUUUCGAGCCUCGCAGCCAGACGUACGUCGGGAACGCCAGACCCUCGUGAAGGGUCUGGCUCAUGGAUGGAGGCCCGUUUUCCAUAACACGGUCCUCUUGAAUCAGAAAAGAACACCGGCUUACGUUCUGUGGCUGUUCGUGCUGCCGACAAAGCAAUAUCAAAUUUAACAACUUCAAUCCACCCAAACCCGAGUCGAUAACCGACAUUUCCCAGCGAAAGGGAAAUUCAAAAUUAGCCCAACCUGGCGUGCUAAACUCGAUCUCGAUCUACCCGAUUCCCCUCCUCUUCCCCUUCAAUUCCUCCCAGAACAACGAUAUCAUUCAAUCAAACCCACCAGAAAAGAAAAAUACAUACCGCAGCCAUGUCCAGCAGCCACCGUUCCGAGAAGGACCUUUGCCUGACUCGGUACAGUACUCCGGUUCCCGAGCUGGAUGACCACCGCUUCCAUAUGAAUGCCGUGCAGACCCCGCGCAUCGAGGCUCCCCUAGGAGAGCCACUGAGCCGCCAGAACACCGCUGCUCAGCAGGGACCGAGAGGUGAACUGUUGCCCGAGCGUCCUGACCUUUUGCAGGUGCAAGAUGCCCUGCGCGAAGGCAAUCCCGUCUUUCGAGACUUUGAACAAGCGGUGAUAGACGACGAUCGCUCAGAGCAUGACGUAGCUGGAAUGGGCCGACGCUUCUCGGUCGAUCCCACGGCGAAUUUCCACACGCCUCGACGUAUCAGCUGCGCCCAGCAGGAACUGGCUGGAGGCAACUUGUCCCGCAGUUCCUCUGUCUCGGCGCGGUCUUCGUCGCCGCCCAACUCCGUCGAUGCUUUUGCGGACCCUCGUCGGCGCGAGCGUGCCAACACUUUGGAAAGCCAUGUGCCCCCCGAUCUGGAGGCUAUGCUGCAGCGUACUGUUUCGGGAGGCACCCACGCCCGCCGUCCGACUUUCAGCAACGCCAGUGUUAUCCGACCCGCGCCCGGUGACAUUUCUGUGUGUGCGCCGGAGGAGCCCGGUGUGCCAAUCACCUAUGACGAGCCCGGUCGUAUCCCGGUCAUCGACUAUGAGGAGCUGGAGGAAUUUGUGGCGCUGAACCAGCAGAACAAGAACAUUACUGGAAACAACAAUUGCCGCCGCAAGCAUAGCAUGAGCUCGCAGAGCAAGAAGCCCCGCAUCUUUUACGAUCUGCGUGCGGGUGUGAAAAGUCCGGGUUUGGAGGAACUCAAGAAUGCCGAUUCGGCCGAUUCGUCGGAUACUUGCGAGGUGUGUGAAGAGGUGGAUGAAAAGAGACCCGGCAAGGUACUGGGCGAGAAGGAGCUGGUUGAGACACUGCCUAAUAUAAAUGAGCCCAUGCGAUUUGGUUUCUUCUCGUCCGAGUCGCAGACCACCGUACAUGCGGCGGAAUUGGGAGAUUUGGUCCUCCCUGGUGACAGCUUCCGCGACCUGUUCCAGCUGGGCCCCGAGGGUGGUGUGUGGUGGUUGGAUGUGGUUAAUCCCACGGAGGAGGAGCUCGGUGCCAUUUCUCGAGCGUUCUCGAUUCACCCGCUGACCACGGAGGAUAUCCUGACACAGGAGGCGCGCGAGAAGGUGGAACUUUUCAAGCAGUACUACUUUGUCUGUUUCCGCACUUUCUUUCAAAUGGACAAGACUAGCGAGGAGUUCCUGGAACCGGUCAACUUUUACAUGGUGGUGUUCCGGGAUGGAGUGCUGACUUUCUCCUUUGAGGAGAACCCGCACGCCUCCAAUGUGCGCAAGCGUAUUGGUAAGCUGCGCGACUACGUCUCGCUCAGCAGCGACUGGAUUUGCUAUGCCAUGAUCGAUGACAUUGUCGAUAGCUUCGGCCCCGUCAUUCGGGAUGUCGAGCUCGAGUCCGAGGCGAUCGAAGACCAUGUAUUUAUCGCGCGCGUUGACGACUUCGAAUCCUUCCUGCCACGCAUUGGCGGUCUCCGCAAGAAGGUCAUGAGUUUGAUGCGCCUGCUGGGUGGCAAGGCGGACGUCAUUCGUGGUUUCUCCAAGCGAUGCAACGAGCAGUACUCGGUUACGCCUCGCGGCGACAUCGGCCUGUAUCUGGGUGAUAUUCAGGAUCACGUGGUGACCAUGAUGUCGAACUUGGCUCACUUUGAGAAGAUGCUCAGUCGCUCGCACACCAACUACCUGGCUCAGCUGAAUGUGACCAACCUCGUGCUGGGCAACCAUGUCAACAAGGUGCUGAGCAAGGUCACGUUGAUUGCCACCAUCCUGGUCCCGAUGAAUUUGAUCUGUGGUCUGUUUGGUAUGAACGUGAAUGUGCCGGGUAAGGAUGCCGGGGGCCUGGGAUGGUUCUUUGGUAUUUUGGGCGUGAUGGGAGCCAUUGUGGUUCUUAGCAUGUGCCUGGCGAGGUGGCAGAAGCUGGUAUAAUGAUGUUAUGCAAGGGGGAAUCUUUGGAUAGGAGAGAGCUGAUUUGCGAAGUUAACUACUUGGCUUCUCGUUCUGUGAUUAGUUUCUCCGCCUGUGCGGUAUGUGGGUGGUACCUUUGUGAUUUUCUGUGACGGCGGGCUCUGUGAGCGUGGUAUUUACCGUCGAGUACAUUUGCCAUUUAUGUAUAGUUCUGCUCUUUACAUCUGUGAAUACAUGAAAAUCCAUAUAUGCAUUAGAAAAUUGGAUUUGUAGUUCCUCAUAGCUUAAAAUGUCC